ACGUGUUCCCGUUCAGCCGGUUCAUUUCGAUCUUCCAUCAUCACACUUUGGAACGGCAGCAAUAUCAACGGUGACUGUAUUAUAUCUGUCUCAACCUGUUCGCUCUUGUAUACUACCAGCAAUCAGUUCAACACCGUUCGACCUCUGUGUUCCCUUCCAACAUGUCAGGAAACGUGGCUUGUGCGCGCGUGAGAUCGCAGUCCUCGACAUUUUCACCUCUUGAGACUAGAGACGGUGAUGAGCAAGAAUCAAGCUCGUCGGAUUCUCAGCAUGGAAGUAGCAAACGUGGACCCCAACGGCGAGCGACAGACCUGCCGUCAGCCGCCGACCUUUAUGUGCCUUCACUACCAGGUCUCCCUGAGAUGGCCACGCACCCAACGCAUCCGCUGAAUAUAUAUGCUGGCAUGCUGCCUUCGUAUCCUGGAGAGGGCAAGGUUGGAGGUGAAGGCCAGACUGGGAAAGAUGCCAAACUCUACUUUUUGAUGGCUAAAGCGCGGCGUAACGCUGGUAAAGAACGUGUCAUCUUCUGGUUCAACGGAGGUCCUGGCUGUUCCUCUUUCGAUGGCUCUCUCAUGGAAGUCGGUCCAUUCCGAACUGUUCCCGCCACCGAGACGACAAGCGGCAUGGUUGAAGCCAAGCUUGUAGAAGGUGGAUGGGAAGAGUUUGCGACUGUUGUCUUUGUGGAUCAACCACCGGGCACUGGAUACUCUUAUGCGGCAACAGAUGGGUAUCUGCAUGAUUUCGAUGAGCUCUCUGCGCACUUCAUCGAGUUCUUGCAGAAUUUCUAUACCGUUUUCCCAGAGCUGAAAGGUGUCGACACCUAUCUUGCAGGAGAGUCCUUUGCUGGGCAAUACAUCCCCUUCUUUGCCGACGCAUUGAUCAAGUCUAUUGAGCUUCCAAACUUCCCUCUCAAAGGUAUCGCCAUCGGUAAUGGGUGGAUCGAUCCUAAAGAGCAAUAUCCGGGAUAUGUUGAGUUUGCUUAUGAGAAGGGCUUGAUAGUCUCCGGAACUCCGGAAGCAGAAGAGAUGGAAUCUGCGCUGAAACGUUGUCAGGAAGAGAUGGACAAGUACUCGGAUCCAUUUACAACACCCGUAAAUAUCAACAACUGUGGGCAAGUCAUGGACUCUGUCACCAGGCCUUUUACCCAAGAACUGAACGGGAAAAAGGUCUGUAUGAAUGUGUACGAUGUCCGACUAGUUGACGACUUCCCUGCCUGUGGUAUGAACUGGCCACCAGACUUGCCCGAUGUCUAUACUUUCCUUCGUCAAGAUGAUGUUAUAUCCGCCCUCCACGCCACAUCCAAAGAAACCGCCUGGGUCGAAUGCAACAAUAAGGUCUCUUACGAACUCAACCUCAAAAAAUCACACAUGUCAGCUGCCUUACUUCCUAGUAUCCUAGAAGCAGGCGUGCCAAUUUUGAUGUUUGCUGGUGCGGAAGAUCUGAUAUGUAACUAUAAGGGGAUUGAAAGGAUCGUAAACGGUUUAGAAUGGGAUGGUGAGAAAGGUUUUGGGAAUGCUACAAGCCAGGAAUGGUAUUUUAAUGGUACCCAAGUCGGGACAUGGCAAACAUCUCGAGGCCUCUCAUAUGCCAAGAUUUUUGACUCGUCACAUAUGGUCGGCUUUGACGUCCCUCACGUUUCCAACGAUAUGAUUAUGCGCUUCAUGGAUGUUGAUGUCUCCCUUCUGCCUGGUAUGACUGCUCAAUGGCCCUCACGUAUAGGCGACGAUGAGCGCACCAUGAUCCAUGUUGGUGACGGCGAAUCGGGCGGAGUCCCCUUGAUCGAGGGUGGCAAUACUGACUGGGAGGCCUGGUACAAUGCCAUUUUCGCCUUCCUCGUCCUUGGUAUUCUCGUGUCCAUCGCCGGCCUCUAUUUCUACUUCCGCCGCAAGCCCGUCUCAUACCGUUCCCGUAUUUCUCUCAAGCAAAGAAGCAGACGUCACCGGGGCCAUGAUAUGGAUGAAGAUGAGGCUGCUGAGCGAAUGCCUCUAGGCUCGGAGAGGUUGGAACUGGAUGAUAUUGAGCGGGCGGAGGGGUAUGAGUUUCAUGAUGGGGAUGGUGAGAGGUAUAGUAGGGAAGGUAAAGGAAAGGGAAAAGAACGGGCAAAGGAUAGAGAAGAAGUCGUGUUUGCGCUUGGGGAUGACGAUGAGGAUGACCAUCAUUAAAAAGUGCAGCCCAUGCCUCAUCGCGAGGGUUGUUGUUGUUGGAUAUUAGAUUGACCAGAUGUAAAUUUAUAUGCC